UGAUCAAACUUGCAUGGAUUUUUCCUGCUAUUUUUACAGCGAAUGUGGUUUUUCUAGAACGUUUCAAAUUAAGACACGUACCAGUAAGACAUGUGACAGAGCCAGGUGACUGUGUGUAACAGGAACUGUAAGUGUAAAUGAGAGACAGAACUGAUUGCAUUUCUAAUAUCGGCUUCUAAAGUCAUUUAUAAAGACUUUAUUCGGUUCCCAACAAAAGCACAAACACCAAACAGAACACGAUCAUUGUUAAGAACCUAAUUGUUAAAUCCGAUAUUAUUUGGACAGAAAAGCUUCAUUUUGAUUGCUGAGCUGCAUCGAAGUUGUUGUAAACGACACUUUAAGCAUGUUUUCCAGGAAUGGAUGUAAACUUGGAUACUGAAGAUUUCUUCUUUAUUGUUGUGUGGAGUUACCUGAUCCAACAUGUACUUAUCAGUUCAGUGGAAAUCACAUGUGAAUACCAGCUGAUGUGAAUCAUCGGUUCCAGAUACAGGUAAGUGAAAAAAGUGGAACAUGUUCAAGUGAAACACAACCUUAAUUCGUUCCUUCCGUGAUGGAUUUUCCAUCAUGUGUCUUUGAAUGAAUCAUUCCUAGGUACACCUUGAUACACAACUCAAUUAUUUCUAUCUCUUUUGUCUAGUUAACUGAUUGGUUUUCUUUAGAACUUGUUCCUUAAAAGAAAGCAGCAGGGACGAGAGCAUCUAUACUGUCAUUCAUUUGAAUUUAUUAGACAUCACUAAUGAAUAUUUGGAUAUUCUUGGAUAUGUUGUUUUAUAAAGGAUAUCGUUAGAAUUGCAGUGUUCUUGUUUAUUUUCCUGCUAAAAUGAGCACAAUUAGUACAUAAAAAGACAUAAACGUGGUUACAGACGUCUGUACUGUGAGCAGGACGAAGCCCCACCUCUACAGCAUAAAAGCUCAGGACGGUGUUAUAUCACUACACACAGCCUUCUUUCACGGUCACAAUCGAAUUGGACGGAUGAAUCAUGGCAACGGUUUUACAGAGCAGAACGACAUCUGAAAACGAUUCUGCUAAUGACACCAUACUAGAUGAGUACUUAUUCUGCAACACCAACAUAAAGGCCUUCAGCCGAGUCUUCCUCCCUACACUCUACAGCAUCGUCUUCAUCGUGGGGUUCAUCGGCAACUGCCUGGUUGUUUGUGUCCUGGUCAAGUUCCACAAAAAGUCCAACAUGUCAGAUGUGUGUCUCUUCAAUCUGGUGCUUUCAGACCUCCUCUUCCUUCUCUCAUUACCUUUCUGGGCUCACUACGCCCUCACCAGUCAGUGGAUCUUCGGGAGCUUCAUGUGCUGUACAGUGAUGGCGUUCUACACGCUGGGAUUCUAUGGAAGCAUCUUCUUCAUGAUCCUCAUGACCAUUGAGCGCUACAGUGUCAUUGUCCACACCCAGACCUCCCUGUUCUCUAAGCACCGGUCUGUCAGAGCUAGCAUAGCCCUGGUUUUGUUUAUGUGGACACUUAGCCUGGGAGCUUCUCUGCCCACCGUCAUUUGGGCACAAGUGAACAAUAAAUCAGACCUAUGGACUUGCAAAGAGGAAUAUCCAAAAGGAACAAAGUGGAAGUCUUUCUCUUACAUGGAGUUGAACAUCCUUGUCUUAAUUAUUCCUCUGUCAGUGAUGUUGUUCUGCUACUCGCGCAUCAUCCCUAUCUUAAUGACCAUGAAGUCUCAGAAGAAACACAGAGCUGUCAGGCUCAUGCUGGUCUUGGUCAGUGUUUUCUUCCUCUUCUGGACACCUUACAACAUCGUCAUCUUCCUGAAGUUCCUGCAGUAUCUGGGUUACAUGCACACUUGUGAGUGGGAUCAAGACCUGAACAUGGCUAUGCAGUGGGUGGAAACCAUAGCGUUCUGUCACUGCUGCAUCAACCCCAUCAUCUACGCCUUUGUGGGGCAGAGAUUCAGGAAGUUAUUUCUAAGAAUCCUUAAAGAGUGGUUUCCUCUUUGCUUUGGUCGCUUUAGAACAACUGAAAGUGAGUUCUCAAUGAGGACGAACAAUACUGUACGUCCUCCAGAUAUUCAGUGACUUCCAGAACAAAGUCAAAAUCAAAACUGUAAACUCUUUUGAACAGGAAAAACAAAACAACAAACAAACUAUGCAUAAAAAUAUUACUCAGGCCAUGUUACAGUAUGUUGGCAUUAUAGUUUAAAUGUUAUUUACAUUGGGAUAAAAAUUCUGCAUUAUACAAUAUAAGCACAUCCUUUGCCUGUGACUCUAAAAUCUCUUCAUUUACACCUUCUGUAUAUUGUGUAUUUGUACAGUGUUGUUUUUUCAUCUGCUCCCUGUUCCGAGUUGCCACAGCGGAUCAUCUGGUUCGCAUAUAUGAUUAGCCACAGGUUUUACACCGGAUCACUUCUAGCACCGUAUCUCAUUACAGUCCGUCAAUUAGAUAACUAUCAUCAUUCAAACUAUUUUCUUUCAAUUCUAGAGUAUUAAUCUAUCCUAGUUCUAGAGGGUUGUGUUAGGAAGGGCAUCUGGACUAACACCUGUGCCAAAAUUAAUAUAUUCAUGGCUUUGUAACCGUGUUAUUCUUCAAUUCAGUCGUGGAGAUCCAACGAAUGCACGCAUUUGAAAUAAAUUGAAUUCAAUCAGG